GCUUGUCCUCGUUUGGUUCUCGGGUGUGGCCUUUCAACGCUCAACGCAGUGUUGACCAUCCCAGUGUCACAUCGGAAUGCUGUGUUGCGGCACCUGCGACAGCAAAAACAGACAUGAUGAGGCCAACUUCAAUGAGGCCAUGUGUGGAGAAGUUACACCAGAUGCGGACACAGCAUUAGCAGCUGGAGAAAGGAAACUUCAUGUUCCUUCGCUUCCAUCACAGACGGUCCCAUCACCGGCCUCAGCUCCACCGCCACCUGGUGAGCCAACCGCCUUCGCGACGGCAGCUGAGCCGCCGAGCGUCGAGUUGGACAAGUCGAAAGUGAACGCGGACGGCGCGGCGAAAGCAGCGCCCCCGCCGCCUCCCAAAAUGUUCUUGCCAAAGCUUGAAGGCAAGAUCACCCCAGACCAAUUCCGACAGUGCUGGGACAUGAAUACAAAUUGGAUUGCCUAUGGAUCCUUGACUGGAUCAUACGAGCCCUUCGCAGAAAGAGAAGUGGAAUCGUUUGGCAACUGGCAGCCGGAAACCUUGGGCCUCGCAUUCACAUGCCGGAAGGGGCAAAAGGGCGAAUACGACACAGCGCCAAACCAAGACAACUUCUCUCUGGCGGAAUUCAAGAAUGGUUGGAGAAUGGCGUGCUGCAUGGAUGGACAUGGCUCCUUUGGUCAGCUUGUCGCAACAAUGGCUGUGCAAACGCUGCCGUACUUGGUUUCCCAAUGCAGCUGGAAGGAAGAGGACAUUCCGGACAUCCUCGUCGAAGCGUACGAAUCUAUUCAUAGUCACAUUACAGCUAUAGCAGACGCAGACGGAUGGUCUGUGGACACCAGCGGGUGCACAGCAGUCAUGGUUCUAUGGAAAGAUCAGAAGGCCUACGUCUCUCACGUAGGGGAUUCUAGAUGCGUUAUCGGAAGCCAGUCCAAGCUGCUCCACGAAAGUAAAGACCACAAGCCCUCAAUGGACAGCGAGAAGAAGCGCAUCGAGCAGUUGGGAGGGGAGGUUCACACUGAGGCUUACUCUGACGGAUGGAUGGAGCAUCGAAUCUUUGUCAAAGACACAGAAAAGCCAGGCCUGAGCAUGAGUCGUAGCAUCGGAGAUACCAUGGUCAAGGAUAUUGGUGUCAUUGCAACACCUGAUGUGAGAUAUGUCAAUUUUUCCGCUGAACAUAAACCUUUCAUGAUUUUGGCAUCUGAUGGUGUUUGGGAGUUCAUGACAUCGGAUACGGUGGUGAAAGCUGCCACCUCUACCCUACAAGGUCAAGGUCUCAAAAAGACUACGCAGGACUUGUAUGAAGCUGCACUUCAAUGCUGGCGAAAUGCAGAAACUGACUAUUGCGAUGAUAUCACAGCCGUCAUAGUCCAGUUCCCCUGAGAGCCAGGAUCCCCUGGUCGAUUUCAGCUAGAAUUCUCCGCUUGACAGAGAGGCAACCUCAACAUCCUGAAAUAGGGUGGAUCGGCGUGUGGCGUACC